GAAAAUUCCCGAACCAAGAAUGUCUACAUCUGUGUCGGAAGGCAGCAAAGUUCAACUUCAUCAAUACUGUCGGCGGUGCUCAAGUGUACUCAGGUCAUCGCGGAUACUCAAAGGGUCACGGAAGCGCAACGAAGAGAAGCUACUAAUAUAUGAUAGUGACAAUGCUGAGUAUGAGGCGCAGAAGAUAUGUCACUUCUGCACUCAUAUCCAGAUGGCUUGUAAAGUGGGUCUUGAGCGAUUGGGAGAGUCGUCGCUCGAAGCCAAACAGAUCUGGUUGAAUGUCACCAAAGCAGCAGAAGAGGUCGGGCGCCCACCUGUGCGCCUCUCCAUAACAUGCAGCACACCAGGCACGCAAUUUGUGCAGGAACUGUGGGCAUCAUGUGAGGCUGGGGCCGAGCACAACGUCUACCCACUAUGGAAUGCCCCCGAAUCAAUUCCCGAUGCCUGCGUAGCAUACACGUCUACAUCUUCAAAUGCCCAUGUAGCUCUAGCUCGUCGCUGGUUAAACGAGUGUCGAGUGCGUCACACAGAAUGUUCGAGGAAAAAGGACGCCCGGGUUUUGCCAGGACGUCUCCUAUGCCUUAUCGAUUCGCCGGAAGCUACAAUUCGAUUGGUAGUUCCUCAAUCGGAUAGUAUAAAAUACUGCGUUCUGAGCCAUCGUUGGGGCGCUUCAGCGCCCACAAGCAGGCUUAUGUUGUCUAACAUCGAGCAGUACAAGCACACUAUUGCUGUCGACAUGCUUCCCAAAUCUUUUCGCGAUGCUAUUAAAAUUUCUAGAAGUCUGGCUAUCUCACAUAUCUGGAUCGACUCACUAUGCAUCAUUCAGGAUAGCAGAGAAGAUUGGGAAUGUGAGUCUCGAAAGAUGGAUUCUAUAUUUGAGGGCGCUACGUGCACUAUCGCCGCCGCUGGGGCCGAGGACUCGGGUCAAGGAUGCUUUGCAGACCGCAACCCACUGGAACAAUCUAAAUGUCGACUGAUGAACACACCGUGGUAUAUAUCUGGUAGGAUGGGUUCCACUUUGGAUGUUCAAGAAGCAACUAGCAUUACACCGCUCUCAGAACGUGGUUGGAUUUUUCAAGAGAGACUUCUAUCCCCCCGGACUUUAUCAUUUGGCAAGCGCGGUAUAAUCUGGCACUGUGCACGUGGUGCCGCAACUGAACAGGAUCCUGAUGGCUGGAGUCUACUCGGGGACUAUUCAGCUUACGUAGACAAGAUCUUCGGCUCUAACUCUCCAGUUGGUGAUUGGAAACCAUGGCCACAAGGCUUCACUUUCCAGUCAAAGCACUACCUCGAAAGCCUCAUGACAAGGGCUUGGACUAAUUGGAAUGAGAAGCCAGACUCGAGAUCAGCAUACUGCUUUCAUCGAGAUUGGAUGGGAAUCGUGCAAGCGUAUAGCAACUGCAAGCUGACUAAGUCUGAGGAUAGACUAGCUGCAUUAUCAGGCAUUGUGAAUCGCGUUGGAAUGUACGACCAUUCUGUAUCGCCCAGCUACCAGCCUUUCUCGUCAUAUAUUGUUGGUGCAUGGAAACCUACAAUGCUCCUCGAUGUUCUCUGGUACCGGCAAUCUUCUACGUUAGACCAGGCCACUUUCAAUACUCGUUUCCCCUUCUGGUCAUGGGCCUCAGUCAACGGACGAGUAGGAUCAAUCGCCCAUCGCGACAUCCCCGCAGAAACCAUCAUCGCCGCUCUGGAGCAUCCUAUUGCAAGCUUUCUGGGCACAGAAGUCGUCAGCGAUAGAAGGGCGCUUAUCUUUAAAGGUGCUCUAAUGCCAGCGCACAUCAGCUCCGAUCGAAAGUUAGUGUACUUUACAUGCUUCAAGCAGUCCCACCACAUGCGAUGCUUUAUUGACUGGCCUCGUGUUACCGAAAAUGCCUGCUAUUUUAUGCCUGUAUUUAUUGAGCCGGAGAUAUGGCUUGGACUCCUCGUUGUGACUACUGAAUCAAUGUCGACAAAUCGAUGGCGUAGAGUUGGAGUCGCCGUUGCAAGUGGAAGAAACUGUAAUUGGGUGCAAGAGAUGCGCCACGAGGAAAUCGUCAUCAUAUGAAUCACCUGGGAAUCUGUGAUCGAUAUUGUUGUAGAUUGCACUUAGGGUUAGGGUGUGGGACCACGUGCACGGCACAUCGCCCGUUUGUUUGCUUUUUCCGGCAUUGGCAGGUCUCGACAAAUGUAAUCUCUACAGUAUCUCUCAAUGAUACAUUUAGCUGGCCUGGCAUUGUGUAAACGCUAAUGCCUUAAUAAUAUGUUAUGGUGCUAGGUAUAGCACCUAAACUGUAAUUUUAUGUACUAAUUUCUCCCACUGCGUUGU